AUGUCUUUAAUUUAUAUACAUGUAUGUACCACGUUGCGAGAUUAAUAAGAAAUCGACCAGACUUAGUAGUUUUUUCAACAAUUUACCCUUUCGAAAUCAAAUAAUAUUAACUGAGAAAAAUAUGCUACGCCUUUUGUUCGUACUCUUUGAGGACGGAGAGAGUAUUGGAGAAGCUGUUUGUUGAGAGGAGACACGAGACUGCACAUAUCUGGUUUGGAUUAUGCCACGUUUGGCGUAUGGGAUUACGAAUGAGUGCUGCUCUCAGAAAUUUCAUUUCAUCCAUGGAGAUCGCUAAAGUAGUGAAGCUUCCACUUUCUUCAGUCCUUGUUCGGGGAAAACAAAUCCAGCACUCGAAGACGCCAUUAAUCCACACUAGAAAUCUCAAUUCAUUACCCAGCCAUUUCAAAUCCAAAUCAAACGCACAACAAAGCCCGAAUGUCACAACCACCAACAAUUCUGAAGUCUCCGGGAAAACCAUAUCUCGAGAGGCGUGUGAUCUCGAAAUUGAGGUGCCGACGAUGGCGGAGAUCGUGGAAUCAUCCAGAUUGCAGAAGCUCGAUCUUCAGCUUCGAAGAUUUGGGCCUUUUUUCAGGAUUACAGCGAAAAGCUUGGAAUCGGGGAGGGAAUUGGGGAGGGCGGAGGGUGUGAUUAGGUUUUGGUUUGGGGGCAAAAUUCUGCAUAUGGAUUCGAUGAAGCUUGAGAGGGAGACGAUUGGGAUGAACAAAUCCAUAUUUGGGAUCGGUUUGUUUCUUGGCGCUAUGGCGAUUAGAUUUGGAUAUGACUGUGGAUGUGCUAAAGCUGAGCUGCUUGCUAUCAAUGACACUCAUCUCUAUCAUUCCAAGCUUGUGAGAUUUUACACCAGAUUAGGGUUCAAACAAGUGUACGAGGUAGAAGGAGGAAGCCUAAGAGAUUUGAGUGACAUGUUAGUUUGGGGUGGUGUUGGAACUCGCAUGGAUGCCAAUCUUGAAGACCUAAUGAUCAAAUGGUGUUCAAGAGUCAAACCAAAGUAAUCAUUUUUCUGGACUACAUAUUGUAUUAUAAAGAAUAAAACUUUCAGUUACAAA